GUGACACAGAAGCUUCUGGGUAGGGGCUGGAGAUGGGUCAGGGAGGUAUUUCCGUUAGGACAUCGCUGAAACACAGACUGGGAUCAGACUGUGCUCAUAGUCCUAGGGGCUGGAAUGCAGUAGCACCAUCUCAGUUCACUGAAGUCUCGACCUCCUGGGCUCAAGCGAUCCUCCCACCUCAGCCUCCUCAGUAGCUGGGACCACAGAUCUCCAGCACCCUGCCGGUGGCACUACUGAGAGACGAGGUGCCAGGGUGGUUCCUGAAAGUGCCUGAGCCCCAACUUAUCAGCAAGGAGCUCAUCAUGCUGACAGAAGUCAUGGAGGUCUGGCAUGGCUUAGUGAUUGCGGUGGUGUCCCUCUUCCUGCAGGCCUGCUUCCUCACCGCCAUCAACUACCUGCUCAGCAGGCACAUGGCCCACAAGAGUGAACAGAUACUGAAAGCAGCCAGUCUCCAGGUCCCCAGGCCCAGCCCUGGCCACCAUCAUCCACCUGCUGUCAAAGAGAUGAAGGAGACUCAGACAGACAGAGACAUCCCAAUGUCUGAUCCCCUUUACAGGCAUGACAGCGACACAUCCUCAAAUAGCUCGGACAGCUCCUGCAAUUCGCCUCCUGCCUGCCAGGACACCAAGGAUGUGGAUUACACACAAGUCGUCUUUUCGGCCCCUGGAGAACUAAAAAAUGACUCCCCCCUGGACUAUGAGAACAUAAAGGAAAUCACAGAUUAUGUCAAUGUCAAUCCAGAAAGCCACAAGCCCAAUUUCUGGUAUUUUGUCAACCCUGCUGUGUCUGAGCCAGCAGAAUAUGAUCAAGUGGCCAUGUGAAUUCCAAAUAUUUUUAAUGGGGUCCAGUUCUCUAUGGAUUCUUACAUUUAAUUUGUAGGGAAAUGACAUUUUUCCCCCUUAAACAAGGCAUGGGGCUCACAAGUCUAUGGAGACAGGCCAAAAAGAAUGUGGAGAAGAAAACUGACAAAUACACAGAGGUCCUCAAGACCCAUGGACUCCUGGUCUGUACCCAAAAAAAGGCUGUUCAUUCCUCAAAAACAAAAACAAGGCUUGGGUGGGAAAACAGGCCUAUGCCCCGGCAAGAAAGGUUCAGAUCAGAUGUUAGGAAGAACUCUCAGGUAAAGUAUGAGACCAUGGAGUCCAUCAGCAGAGAUAGCAGUGAAGUCUCUCCCCAGGGAAAAUUUUAAAAAGGUUUCAUCAGCUGUUGUAGAGUUCUAUUUGGCAAUCUCAUGGUUAAAUGACUUCCCUUUGAGCUCUUUAAUUAUUGGCAAUAAACAACUUCUUUAAAAGUUUUAAAUAAAAUAGCA